GGGGAGCGUCUGGCGUCUGUCAGCGACGACAGGACCCUCCGGGUGUGGCGCCGGUACCACCCCGGGAACCAGGAAGGCGUGGCCUGCAGUGGCACCGAUCCCACCUGGAAGUGUGUGUGCACCCUCUCGGGGUAUCACAGCAGGACCAUCUACGACGUGUCCUGGUGCCACCUGACGGGUGCCCUGGCCACAGCCUGUGGUGACGACGCCAUCCGGGUGUUUGAGGAGAGCCCCACGUCAGAGGAGGCCCAGCCCACCUUCAGCCUCACGGCCCACGUGCCCCGGGCACACUCCCAGGACGUCAACGGGGUGGCCUGGAACCCCAAGGAGCCAGGACUCCUGGCGUCCUGCAGCGACGACGGGGACAUCGCCUUCUGGAAGUACCAGCGCCCCGAGGGCUGCUGAGGGGGACAGACCCCCUGUGUGUCCCCCUGAGCCCACCCUGGCCUCCUCCUCCUUCUCACCCGUGGGAGGCCAGGACAGCUGUGCCAGACAGUUGGAUCCAGGAUCUGGAGCAGGACUUUCUCCCCUCUCUUCCCCCACCCCCCAAUAAAUCCAUGAGCUCCUGGC